UACAAUUUCGUCUCGGUUAGGUAUUUAACAUGUCACGUUGGUGUGAGUGAACACACGCAACACUCAAUUCAGUGAACAGUUACUACUACUUCGUUACCCGCCAGUACAAAUGAAAAUCUUGCAGCGAAGCCACGUGUGCCACUGCCAUGACGUGAUUUAAUGUUCUAAAAGGCCUGUAUCGUAUCAGUGUUUUCAACAUUACGUCAUCUCUAAUAUCAAUCAAAUCCGUCUAAAACAGGUAGUUGUUGAUGAAUCUCUCCUUAAGACUGGCGUGUAGUGUUAGUGAAGUUAAUUAAUUUAUUUUUAAUCCACGAUGUUGAAAGCUUGUUGGGAUUGCAUAUCAGGGUUUAAUGAAAAUAGAGAACGACAAGAAAAUGGAGACGCGUACGGCACUCGACUAAGCGGAAACACACAGAACGCUCCACUUUGGCCUAAUGCACGCUACGAGAACGAAAACAUGUUUGUUAUACCCAGGCAAUUAAACUCUGGAGACCAAAUAGAUGUAUCUGGUGUUAUGACACACAAUUGUCAAAGUGUCACAGUGAAUUUAGUGACAGGAAACAGUUACCCUGAUGACCAAAACAUCGCAUGCCAAGUAGAGACUUCAUUUUCAGCUAAUAAUGAUAGAGUAGCAGUGAGAAUCAAACAAAAUGGCUACGUAGAAGAAAUAAGUGGUGACCACCAAAACUUAACAGCUACAGACUUUUUCACAAGUUCAAACUUUACUUUUAGCUUCUCUGUGUCAGUGAGCAGUGACAGUCACAGUUUAACAGUCAAUUUGGGGGAUAAUUACUUAACCACAAUCACAUUAAAACAUAGACUAGAAGAUAUAAGAUUUUUGACUUUGUAUGGUGAUAUUGAAAAAAUCACAAAAUUGAACUUUGUUUUUGGUUAAUUUUGUGUAUUUUUAUUUAUUUUUUAGCUAUAUCUUGUGUACAAGCACAAUAUUAUUUUAUUGUAUAAGUGUAGUGAAGUUUUAAUUAUUUAUAUGUAAACAAUUUGGAAUAUUAAUUUUAAUACUUCUUGGCCAUUCAUUGUUAGUUUUCUAUGGUAGAGCAUAUGUUUAUUUGUGUCAGUCUGUGGGUAAAAGGUAUCUAUUUUAUGGUUAAGUUUGAGUUGACAUGCAGUUCUGUACAGCUACAAAUAUGAAGUCAGUAUUACGAAAAAAGUAUUCUCUAUGUAUUUUUCUCAUAAUCUACUUAUUUUUCAUAAUUAUUUGAUAGAUGAUUUGCAUUUAAUUUUCUAUGCCCUAGGCGUAUGUAAUUAUCCUAUUGUAAAUCAGCCUGUGGGUGACUACGACUAAGUGUUUAAGUUUCAUAAUAUUAUAUAAUAUUCUGAAUACCUAAAAAUGAACACAAAUUUUUGAACUUUGUGGGGAUGGAAAGAUAAUGAAAAAUUAGGUUUUUUUUUCCUCUGCUGUGUUCUUUAUUAAAAAUUUCAAUAUCACAGCCUUGUAGUCCAAAAGUUUGGAUUUAUCGUCAUCAGAGCUUCACACUUACUGUAGGGCUGAUGAUGAAAUACAUUUGCAUUUAGACUUAUACAUGUUGUGUGUUUAAACACAAAUUGUCAAAACAAUGACUGCCUCAAUUAUACCUAGGUUAUAAGUGAGUCCUACCUUAAUUUUACCCUACCACAUUACAUAUAAUUACCAGUUAAAGUUAAGCAAUUUUUACAACAAUUAAUUACACCUAUUAAUUAAUAUACAAAACUUGUUACAAUUGUUUUCAUUAAAGUUGAUUAUUAAUUAGAAGAUGAUAGUUGUCUUUAUCAUAGUAAAACCAAAGUGUAAUUUAUGAAUUCAAUAAAUUUGUUUAAGUGCCUUGUACAAUAUAGCUAUAGUCAUGUAGGUUUACGAUCGAUUUUUUUUAUGUGCUUUCAUAACCUAGCACAAAAUUGUUUCAAAUAUAUUUGA